AUGCUAACCAUGCAUAUUAAUUGCUUCAGUCCAGUUGUGAAGGAGAAGCGUCGGAGAGUGAAGAUUAUGUCGGCAAAUGGGGAGGUGACAAAAGUGUGGAGUCCUGUGAAUGUUAAGGAAAUACUUGCUGAUUAUCCAGACCAUGAAAUGUUUGAAGCAGAUCAGAGCCGUCGACUGAGUAUGCACAGUCGACCUCUUCCUUCAACCACACUGCUUCGACCAAGUCGCCUUUAUUUUCUUAUUCCUCUCCCCACGCAGUCGACACCAUCUUCGACCUCUUCUCAAGCCCGUCGACCACAGAUAUAUAGUAAAUUUGUUUCAGAUAAAGAUUUAACGACUGAUGAUAGUAAGUCGAGAUUGAUUUCGUCGACUAAUAACGGAUCGAAUGUGCGUCUCAGGAUUCGACUAAGAAAAGAAGAAGCUUCUUCGCUUCUGUCAGUCAACGGGAAUAAGCAAAUGGGAGAUCUAUUGUCGUCCUUAUUCAAUACGAGAUCAAGAAUAGGAAGCAGAGUUCUUGGGAAUCGCUUUCACCGCGAUGGAAACCUGGUCUUGAAACCAUAUUGGAACAGCUGA